AUGACACGACUUUCGCCAUACACCAGAAAGCACAAGGUGACUGUGGUUGGAUCUGGUAAUUGGGGCUCCGCCAUUUCUAAGAUGGUGGCUGAAAAUGUUGCUGCCAAUCCAGAGCUGUUUGAGCCGACCGUCAACAUGUGGGUAUUUGAGGAGCAAAUCGAGAUUCCUCAAACCUCCAGGCACUACAAUUCCUCCUCCUCUUUCUGCAAUGGCCGUCAGAACCUUUCGGAGGUAAUUAAUCAUUUUCACGAGAAUAUCAAGUACCUUCCGAAUAUUACGCUGCCAGACAACCUGCGCGCCAACCCAUCCUUGGAAGAUUCUGUAAAGGAUUCGAGCAUUCUGGUGUUCAACUUGCCUCAUCAAUUUAUCGUGGGUAUCUGCCAGAAAUUAAAGGGCCACAUCCUUCCGUUUGCCCGGGGGAUUUCCUGUAUUAAGGGUGUGAGUGUGACGGACGAGGGUGUCAGUCUGUUUUCAGAAGUCAUUGGCAGGGAGCUAGGCAUUUAUUGCGGAGCUCUGUCCGGUGCCAAUAUUGCCAGCGAAAUUGCCAAAGAGCUUUACUCAGAAACCACUAUCGCCUACGACCCACCGCAUUUGGACUCGAAGGCACCGACGCCCCUAAAUAUAUCUCCCGCUUCAUCUAUGGUCAAUGUCAGCGACACAGUUCACUUCCAGCAUAAAGACUCGUCGGGUACUUUUUCGAAAGUGAAACUUAGACCUAUGCCCUCUGACUAUCCUCCUGUUGACCAUCUCUUUAUUAAAACAUUGUUCCAUCGGCCUUACUUUCACGUCCGCGUUGUCGACGAUGUUGCUGGUGUUUCUCUCGGCGGUGCGCUGAAAAAUAUUGUGGCUCUUGCCGCUGGAUUUGUGGACGGAAAAGGAUGGGGUGAUAAUGCAAAGGCCGCAAUUAUGCGAGUUGGAAUGCUAGAAAUGGUGAAGUUUGGAAAGAGAUUUUUCGGGGGAACCGUCAAUCCCCAAACUUUCACCGAGGAAAGCUGUGGCGUUGCAGAUUUGAUAACUAGUUGCAAUGGUGGGCGUAAUCAUCGUUGCGCAAGAAUCGCCAUUGAGCGCGGCUUAACGGUCGAAGAAGUCGAAAAGAUUGAGCUCAAUGGUCAAAUGCUGCAAGGCACGCUCAGUGCCAGGGAAGUACAUGGGUUCCUGAAAAAGCAAGGACUCGAGGAUGAGUUUCCUCUUUUUACUGCCGUCUAUGGGGUUCUCACUGGCAACGUAAAAGUUGAGGACAUUCCCUCGCUGAUCGAGCGAUAA